GCAGAUACGAAUCCGAAAAACAUGGAUAACACACCGGUAGGACAUGAAUUGUCUAAUGAGCUGCUGCAUGGACAGACAAUCGGUACACCUCCGCAAGCAAUAUCUCCUGCAGCCAUGAUUACACCUGAUCCUGAUCAAUUGUAUUAUCAUGACCCCUCGCUUGCAAUUGUAAUAGUGCCAAACGAAGAGCAACGUUUCGAGAGCCGUGAAGAAGCUUAUGAGUUCUACUGCUACUAUGCUAGACAGGCCGGGUUUGAUGUUCGCAUAACGAAAAAUAAGAAAAUGGUUGGUGAGUUUUCGUGCAACAGGCAAGGUAAAUGCAAUUUCUACAAACCAGGUGAGGAAAGGAAAAAAGAGAAAACCUCAAAGAGGAUAGGAUGCAAGGCGUUUGUAAAGGCAAAAUGGAAUAUUAGAAGUGGAUAUUGGUACUUCGAACGGAUCCGUAUUGAGCACAAUCAUCCAUUAACGUCAUCGGCAAAGUCGGUGCAGUUCAUGAAUGCCCACAAGAACAAAGAUCCGGUAAUCAUGGAUAUGGUUGAUCAGAUGCACCGGUGCAAUGUACCAAACAAUGCUACUGUUAGCAUGUUUUCCGAAAUGUAUGGUGGGAGACAAAAUAUAUCUUUCAUAGAGAUGGACUUGAAAAACAGGAAGGCUGCAGCCGCUAGGGAGGAGAGAAAAAAUGACAUUCCGAAGCUGUUAGAGUUCUUUAGAGAGAUGAAGUCUCAAAAUCCUUAUUUUUACUAUGAGGUUCAAUUGGAUGAAGAUCACGUGAUAAAGAAUGUCUUUUGGAGUCAUGCAAGCCAACGUGCAGAAUACAUGGAUUUUGGAGACGUGGUAACUUUUGACACCACGUAUCGGACUAAUAUCUACUGCAUGCCGCUUGCAAUGUUUGUUGGCUCGAAUCACCAACUACAAAAUGUUAUUUUCGGACAAGCACUACUGCAGAACGAGAAAACUGACACCUUCGAGUGGUUGUUCAAGGCGUUCAAGGAUUGCAUGUCAGCUGGUCCAGAGCUAAAAUGCAUCCUUACCGAUCAGGAUAGCUCUAUGGCAGCAGCUAUACCAAAGGUUUUUCCGAAGACUGUGCACCGGCUAUGCCGUUGGCACAUGCUAAAAAAAUACAAGGAGGAGCUACGGAAAUUGUACAAGGCCCAUUCUGAUUUGAAAGAUAAGCUCCAUACUGUGAUUAACCAUCCACUAACACCUUCAGAGUUUGAGGCUGCCUGGAUUGAGGUGAUUGAUCAGCAUGGCAUACGUGAGAAUGUAGCGAUUGAGGGACUAUGGAAUCAGAGGACGUUGUGGGUGCCAGCUUAUUUCAAAAAUCACUAUUGUGGACGGAUGACAUCGACACAGAGAAGCGAAAGUGUUAAUAACAUGGUGAAAAGAAGUGGAUUUGCGAGCCAUAUGACGAGUGUAAAUAAAUUUGCACGAAAAUUAUUGGAGGUGAUUCAGCACACAAAUCAUACGACAGCAGGAGAAACCCAUUGGUCAAAGGCUGAAGUCAUUAGGGCCACUUUGCAACCGUUCGAUUUUGAACAUUACCAAACAUGGGGGACAUUGGAUCACUGCAGCUUCCGACGUUAUGACAAGGAGCUGGUGGUAUAG